AACAAAUUAUAAAAAAGAACAAUAUUACACUCAGACAAACACAUACCAAUCACGUUUCUUGCCGACCGGAAAAUGGAUACUGAAAAAGGUUAUCCCAGAGGUUUCAGAGCUGACAGUAUACGAUCAGAAACAGGCCGCAGCAGUUUCAGGUCAGAUAGUAUGCAGAUCGAUGAAGCAGCCGAGCUACCACAAAACAAGAUAGGACAAGAAAACUCGACCUAUCUUGUCCUCUUCAAGAACAUAGACAGUGGAAACUUAGAAGCCACGAAAGCGUUCUUGGACCGAAAUCCUGAGGCUUUAACCGCAAGCUUAACCUCUAACGGAGACAGACCGAUCCAUAAAGCUGUUUUGUCUGGUCACAUCAAGAUCGUGGAAGAGAUCAUAAGACGGAUUCAUGAUCCAGAGCAAGUGUUGAAGAUCAAGAAUGAUAAUGGUUACACUGCGCUUACUUAUGCUGCGACCGGUGGGAUUGUGAGGAUUGCAGAGUGUUUGGUGAAUAAAUGUCCCAGUUUGGUUAGUGUCCGGAACGAGAAAGAGCAUAUACCAAUCGUGGUGGCUUCGUUGUAUGGUCACAAACAUCUUGUUCGGUAUCUUUACAAUCACACACCUCUCAGUGAUCUUGAUCCUGAUGGUUCAGAUGAUCACAAUGGCAAGAACGGAGCGAUGCUUGUGACUAAUUGUAUUGUCGAUGGAUUAUAUGGUAUUGCUUUGGAUCUGAUUCAGAGAUAUCCCAAGCUGGCUUAUACUCGAGACAGCGACAAUGAUACAGCGAUCAUCGCGCUUGCUCAAACACCUUGUGCGUUCCUUAGCGGUACCCGUCUUGCGUUUUGGCAACGGUGGAUAUAUUAUUGUAUUCACAUAGAAAAGGUUAAUAACCCUCACGAAGUUCUGAAUCAUCAUGACCAUCAAUACAGGAAAGAAGAAGAUCAUAGUUGGAUUCAAGACAAGUUGUGGAAACACCUUAAAGUUCUUUGUAAGCAGUAAAACUCAUCUCAAAUAGUGAGCC